AUGUCAUCUUCAGUUUCGUAUUCAACUAAUCAUCUUGUAUUAUAUAGUAACAUAUUAAGUAAAGACGUUACAUCCAAACAUGUGUCAUCAAAACUCACAACAGCGAAACAGUUCCAUUCUGAUUCUACAAUUCAUCAAGAGAAGAUGUCGUCAACCUUUAUAUCAGAUCAUCCGAUUAUCGAUGUUAAUACGUCUUCUACAAACUCGUUGUCUAUAAAACAAGCCGAAACAAACAAAGUAUCACUCGCGUCGUUUGCCAGUAGUUCUAUAUUGGAUGACCGUUAUGCUUCAACAUUUUCCAUGACAAAUAAUAGUCCAUAUUCAAAACACUAUUUUGCCUCUGUAAUAUUACAGUCAUCAACACACGAACUCAAAAGCAGGCCAUUAAUAGAAAGUAGCUUACAAACGAUUUUACCAAGUUCCCAAAAGUUCUCAACAAAUUCUGUUGAUAGAAUCUCAACUUUGAUCGUUUCUGUGUCAUCUCCAAAUCAUACAACUAUUUACUCAUCAUCGCUUAGAUCAACGAAAGCAGCAACACUUAAUCCUAAAAUUGGAACCACAACCUCAUUUAUUGUCCUCAGACGAACAACCACAUUUGUAUCUCCAAUAAUAUCGACAAGUGACAAAGAUCCAACAUCAGGGAGUAGAAGUGAAUCAACAUUGAAGAAUUGGAUGAAAGAUAACAUGCUAUUAGUCCUGGGUAUAUCUAUUGGUAUAGCAGUAGUUUUAGUUGUGGUAGUUAUAAUACUUAUAGUUAGAAGAAAGAAAUCCAAUAAACCUCCGGCACGACCAGAGCUUGAUCCUAGUGAUUUAUUCAGUAACAGACGAGUGACUUUAUUACUGGGACCUGACGACGAAUUAAUGCCUGAUAUGCAACCAGCAGUUACACACAGCAACCCGUUGUACAGCUCAGAGUUCGUAGAACGUCAACACUCGAAUUACACUGGAAAUAGAGAUUCACAUUUUUGUUAA